CACCGUGGUGUGCCCAUGGAGGAUUUUUGAGCUGCUGCCAGUUCUAAUUAUCUUCAUGUUCUGUGAAUUUAAAGUUGUGGCAGCAGUGCCUGAAGAUAUGACAACAAGCUUUGAUCCUAGUGAGCCAUCAUUAGAAUCGCUGAUAUGUGUGGUUGCCAUUGGACUGGUUACCAUUUUCUUAUUUCUUUGGAGAGGAUACCGAUCAAUUCAAAGCCGACUUUAUUUGAGUAAAGAGAAUAGACUGGCUGUGGCACUUGCAAUGGAAAUCAAAAAGAAAUGUCAUCUAAUUGACAAAGUGUGCCUUGCUCAAGAGGAGGCAACUUAUAAAAAUCUAGAAAGAGAUAAAUCUAAACUUGAAGAAGAAAUAUUACUUAUAGAGAAGAAACUAGAAGAAGAGAGAGCUAAGCAUUAUGAAGAAGAGAAAUUGAUGAGUGACCUUUCAAAAAUGAUCCAGUCUCUAGCAGAUGAAUCACAGUCUGUCAAAUCACAGCUAGCUGAAGCCAAAACCACACUAAGAAUAUUUGAAAUAAAUAAAGAACGACUUAAAGGAGUAAUAACAGAUACCUUGAAUGAAAAUUCUCAACGUCAGGAAAGUGUGCGUCAGUAUUUAGAAGAAGCUAAAGUCAUGAAAGAACAAAUGAAUCAACUCAAUAAACAGAAAAUAGCAAUCGAAGUAUCCAACGUACAGGCAGAGCAACUCCUAAAGGUUAAGGAAAAUCAGAUCAAGUCUCUGAUGGAGAGCCUGCUAAGGAUGAAAGACUGGAAUUCUGUGCUUGGGGAAGAUGUAACUGAUGAUGGUAAUCUGGAUGUAGAAGUGAACAAUGACUUAGAGAAUAACGUCAAGCUGGCCUGGAAUUCACCUUGGAGUCCAGGCUGGCCUUAUCCUCAUGGGAAUCCCCUUGUCUUAGCUGUGAAAUGUAAUCAGCCUAAGGGAGCUUUGAGGAAGCUAAUAUAUGCUACUGAGUUAAGUGCUUCGUUAAAAACCCUAGAAGGAGACAGAAACCAAAUUUAUACUCAGUUAUCUGAAAUAGAUGCAACAAAUGAUGAUCUUACAGAGCAUAUGCGAAGUCUCAAGUCUGAACAAGUGUCUUUGCAGUCAGGUAAUACACAACUUGAAAUCGAGAAACAGAAGCUUCAAAGGAAAAUCACAGUGAUGAGGGAGCUGUACCAAGACAAUGAAAGGAUGCUUCACAGGUGA